UUUAACAGACACAACUAAUAAGCUUGAUAAUGAUGAAUUUGAUUUUAUGGAACUAAUAUUCAUCAUUGACUUUAACUUUUACACUACUCAUCAAGAAAAUAAAAAUUACUGGAAUUAUUACAGCCUUUCAACCACUUGUCAUGGAUUGAUUCCAGAUAUUACUGUUUCAUUUUUGAAGCCUGAAGUUGAGAUUUUAGUUGUUGAACAUAACAACCAUGCCAAAUUUUUGGAAAUUCUAAACCAAGGACCUAAAACUCCAGAAAAAUUAAAAAAUCAAAACGGAUUGUAG